AGCUUAGCAGCUUUACAAAGUCCCUUCAGCCAGCUUGGCUGAUCUAGAAGUCCUGCUAGAUCGACGAUUUGUCAGCUGAACGGCUGUGGGCGCGAACGCUUGCCAUUCGAAUAGGUACUCAUAAUCUCAGAACUUCUGUCCACUUCCGUCAACUCACUGUUGCUCAUCUUUAGGGGUUUAAUUGUGUUUGCAGCUCAAUUGCGCAUUUGCGUACGAUCGCGCGGGAUUGAGGCAGUUUCCCCACACCAUACCGUAUUCGGACGCCACCCCCUCGAGCACCUUGUUGGAGUCCACGUCUGACCGUCGGUGAAGCACGUCAGAUACGUAGCAAAGAUGCGGGGCGCAUCUGGUCUUUCGGUCUUGCUGGCCUCUCUGUUUUUUGCACCUUACAUUCUUGCCUCAGAACAGCAGCCAUUCGAGUUCGGAGAGAUGUCUGCACCACAGUAUACACUACCUCCUCUCCCAUACGCAUACGAUGCAUUGGAACCCCACAUAUCCGCCCAGAUCAUGGAGCUGCACCAUGGCAAGCACCACCAAACGUACAUCACGAAUUUGAAUGCUGCUCUCAAAGCACAAGCUGAAGCCGUACACACUUCCGACAUCACAUCUCAGGUGUCCCUUCAGCAGGGCAUCAAAUUCAACGCUGGUGGACAUAUCAACCACUCGCUUUUUUGGCAGAACCUUGCCCCCGCAAGCUCGCCUGAGGCAAAGAGCUCUGCUGCACCAGAACUUGUGAAGCAGAUCAAGACUGUCUGGGGUGACGAGGAAAAGUUCAGGGAGGCUUUCAGUGCUGCGUUGCUUACCAUCCAGGGCAGUGGUUGGGGCUGGCUCAUCAAAGUCGAGACUGGUAGCGAGCAGAGGCUCGCCAUUGUCUUGACCAAGGACCAAGACCCAGUUGUUGGUAAAGGCGAGGUCCCAAUAUUUGGUGUUGACAUGUGGGAACAUGCAUAUUACCUACAAUACCUGAAUGGCAAAGCCGCCUAUGUGCAGAACAUUUGGAGUGUCAUCAAUUGGAAGACCGCUGAAGAUCGAUUCCUUGGCUCGCGUGCAGAUGCCUUCAAGGUUCUCAAGGCGUCAAUCUAGGAGUCUCGUAUACACUCAAAUGACAGAAUCUCGGCCACUGAGUAAAUAGGUUUCGUCACGUCGUGACAUCCGCAGUACCGAGGUGGCUCUAGCGUGGACAGACUGACCAAUUAGGUACUCUCUUGGAACUUGCUCAAAGGCACGCAUUCACACUCAGCCUUGAAACGUGCA